CAGCCUCAUUUUUAUAACAGUGCGCCUUUGAACGAGCAGAAUGCGCAUGCACCUGGAGUUAUUUGCACUAAUUAGUAGGUCCACAAGGUGGCACUUACAUUUGAGCUGUUGCUGUCACGAAGUGCUAGAAGAUGAUGUAAUCACUGCUAAACACCAGAAGACGAUGGUAAAAACAACAACAUGGAUGUGCAAGUCAAGAGCACGUUUGAAGAGGUCUGGAGAUACCUGCAUUUGUGUAACUCUGGUCUGAAGGAAUUUUUAUGGGUCUAAACUCAUGAAGAGAAAGUCAGUUGUCUCAGCGGUCGUAGUGCCAACUGCCUGUGUAUCCGCACACAGUUAUAUGGAGUGUACUCUGACAUGCUUGUGUUCGACUGUAUGCAGACACUGAGUGUUCACGUCAAAAUGGAAUGGGGGUGGGGUGGAUGCCAUCAGAUGAUUUAAUACAGAGUUGUACAUUAUUUGUAUGAUAUUAAUGUUUAUAAUGUCUGAGUAAUAUUUUCUAACUUUCAGUGCACAUUUGCUCCAGCCAUGCUACAGAUAUUCAACUGCAUUCGAUCCAUUUGAUUUUUUAUUUUUUUUUCGCUGUGUUAGCUUGAACACAGAACUUACACUACACUAUCACCCUAACUUCCAGAGCGUAUUAAUGCAGGAAAAAGUGUGGUCUGAAGUGGCAAGUAUUACUACAACUUAUUUCAGUGCAACAGAUAGGAAAGUGUGAAAAACAGAAAAUUGGGCAGGGUCUCCUAAAUACACUAGGUACAGGGUUCACAUGGUCAUGGAGAACCUUGAAAUAUCAGGGAAUCAAUUGUUUUUGCCAGGCUUGGAAAAGUCAUGGAGUUUUUCCUCUGCUCUUAAAUAUUGAGUUGGAUUUUGCUGUUGUGUAGAUUAGAGGAAAACUUGCCCUCAAACCAUAGUAAUAUUUUGAUUUGUGAGUGAAUUUAGUCGGGUCUUUUCAAUGAAUUAUAAAUGGAUCCACAGAUCAUCUAAAAAUCAAUGAUUAAAAAAAUAAAAUAAAAAUUGGACUGUGUUUCCCUAAAGCAUUACAAGCUUAAGUUGGUCGUACAGAUAAUUGGCACAAAUGGUUUCUAUCUACUUAGGCCUAUGAUGAUUUUGGGAAAUGCAGCCCUAUCUAGUUAACAAAAAUGGCUGGAAAAGUCAUGAAAAUGUAUUGGUCAAAAGGGUGGGAACUCUAGAUACACAGUUGAAGACCAAUUGUGAAUGGGGAAUUGAAAGCACAUGUUCUGAUCCUGAACCUGUGAAGAAUAAUGGUUGUAGUCAUCUACAACGCUUGCACUAACACACUCAAGCCACAAAGACAGAUAAACUGCCUUUAUGGUGGUUUAUGAAAGUAUUUAGUGUGACAAAAAGAAAAUUGAAGACCUCAUCCAGUGGGAGUCAUUACAAUUACAAAACAUCAAAGUGUCAAUGAAAUGUAAUUCUGACGACUUAAGAAUACAUCAGAGUUCCCUCUUAAAUAAUUCAGGGAUGCAAAAUACCUUUUAGCUAAGUUACCGUUUUUAAAGCUUAUUUGCCCAAACUUUUUGUAACAUUUUCUUCAAUUUCCUUAUUAAAAUCGCUCGAAAGUGUUAGUUUAAGCUUAAACAUUUUUUUAAAGCUUUAAAUGCAACAAAAAACUUUUAAAAUACAAAUAUAUAAAACACCUGUUAUGAGUCUCACCUUUAUUUAUUUUUUUUGGUUCCACUCAUGAGUUCGUAUCCCUGUCAGUAAGCUUUAUAGGGUCUAAUUAUAUUAGCAAGACAAUACGAAUUGUUCUCCAGCAGAGGGUGCGCUUGAGAUACUUAUUUUUAUUCAGUGUUGGAAAGAGAAUUACGUUCGUGGUUUAGUAGUUAUAUAAAAAUUUAGUAUUGGUUACCCUCUUCUCAACACAGAAAUGACACAUUCAUGUUCAUAACUUAUGGUAUAUUACAACUACGAACCAAAUGUAUUUCUGAACCCACUGUCAAAGUUUUCACAGUUAACAGUUGUUUUUGAAGUUCGUGGACUUCGCUCUGUUAAAUACUUUUUUUCUGUUGUUGUUGGAGGGAGUAGUUAAAGAUUAAGUUGUGUCAAACAGUUAUAUCUUAGAGUCAGUUGUGUCGCACAAUGUUUUGCUCAGAUUCGAGCAAUAUUAAACUAGAGAGCUAAAUAAAAAUUACAGUAAACAUAAAAAUGGCAAAUCGACCAACGCUGAGGGACACCAGCAGUCAACCACACUUUCUACAGUUCAACAACCUCGCAUGUGAAACAGCUGGAGGAAAGGUUAUUUUUGCCACAGACGAGUGGUUUGCUCCUGCUAGAAAUCUUUUGAAGAGGGACCCUCCAGAAUUCAUAGCUUCAGCAUUUACUGAGUUUGGGAAAUGGAUGGAUGGUUGGGAGACCAGGAGGAAAAGAAUUCCAGGUCAUGACUGGUGCAUUGUGCAGUUAGGAGUUCCAGGAAUUAUUUAUGGUUUUGAUGUGGACACAUCCUUUUUCACAGGAAACUAUGUCCCUUACGCCUCCAUUCAAGCUGCAUGUCUUGAUCAGAUGCCAUCUUUUACUCUGGAUGGAGAUCGUACAGGCAUGGCUGCUUCCCAAAGCGAGUUUGAAGCUGUGGCACAGCUUAACUCAGACAGCUGGGAGGAGCUUGUCCCAGUGACAGAGCUGAAGCCAGGGUUCUCUGAUUCAUGCCACAACUACUUCAGUGUCAACUACCCGCACAGAUUUACACAUAUCCGUCUCAACAUAUAUCCAGAUGGCGGAAUUUCAAGGCUGAAAGUUUAUGGCAUUGGGAAGAAGGACUGGUCAACUGUACCUGGUCAAGACCUAGUGGAUCUGGUUGCCCUGGUCAACGGAGGAGUAUGUGUAGGCUACAGUGAUGCCCACUUCGGUCACCCACGCAAUAUGAUUGGUCUUGGGAGGGCUGAGAACAUGGCUGAUGGGUGGGAGACAGCCAGACGCUUGGACCGGCCCAAAAUUUUAAAAGUGAAUGAGAAAGGCAUGUUGCAGGUGCCAGGCUCUGAGUGGGCUAUUCUAAGAUUAGGACACCCUGGAGUGAUAAGCAAAAUUGAGCUAGACACCAACCAUUUUAAAGGAAAUUCCCCAGACUCCUGCAGGAUUGAGGCCUGCAGUCUGACUUUAGAUGAGGAGAAGAACUUUAUACAUAACAAGUGGAGCUCUGACAAAAGUCCCAAGUGGAGAAUUCUUCUUCCUCCUCAAAAACUAAAGCCUCACCACUGGCACUUGUUUUCUGAGGAGUCUGUGGUAAAGUGUGGGCCUGUGACUCAUGUGCGCCUGGUCAUAGCUCCUGAUGGAGGGGUCAGCAGACUCAGACUCUGGGGUCGACAAGUGUUGAACAACUUGACUUGUCCUCAACAAAUCUCCAAACUUUGAUGUCAUCAUUUAUUUUCAACACAGCUAUAGUAUGGAGGUCAUAUCAUGACAUCAGGUGUGAUUUAAAAGGAGUCAAAUUAUUAAUUUUUUAAUGAUUUCAUUUUUUCCAUGAGGUCCACUUAUAAUAUAAGUAAAGCUUUAUGUCAAUGCAAAUCAUUUUUAGAAUUAGAAUGAAACGGGUUGCUACAGUAUGUUUAAGAAACAACCCCUUUGCAUGAGUAAUUGGCAACAAUGGCAAUGUUCAGAAUGGAAUACUAGUUUACUUUGUAAUAUGCAAUAUACACUGUAUUCAUCUGUCUAAUGUCAGAACAUUGUGGAAGUUCAGAACGAGUCAUGUUUGCAGCUUAGUUUAUAUAAAUGUUCGUUUCGGUGUUCAGAGGAAGUUUUUAGUUUUGAAAUAUACAGUAUGUUUCCAUAAUACAUCAAUCUAUUUUAUCUCAAAUGAUCAAGGAAAAUUUGAUUCUUCAUGAUAUGAAAACUUCAAAUAACAAAACUAAGGUGUAUGCUGCACAAACGAGCUGUCAUCCCAUAGUGUGGCUUUAUAGAUACUGACUACCAAAUACUAGGCCUACAUACUUGUAUAUAGUUACCUACUAUUCUGUGGUACAAUAUAGAAUUGAAUUAUUGUCAAGGGUAGUGUUUUAUAAAGCAUUAAUUGAACCCUCCCAUAAAAACUUAAUAAAAUGAGUCUUCAAUAA